UUGUUUCAUUACCAAAUUACCGAGUAAAUGAAAAAUGGCAUCUUUUAUUAACUUCGAAAUUACUCGAAUUGCAGAUGUUUUGGAGAAACGAGACUAAAGAACUGAGACGCUACUGGAUGUGGCAUUGGAAACGACGCGCGUGUUCCGACUCCGACGUCAGUCGCUCUUGCCGCGCCGUCUGCGCCGCACGCUCGCUCGCAUCAUGCUGUCGUUGCUUCUCCUCGCGCUCGCAGCCACCGCGGCCGCGCAGAACUUACAAAAUACAUCGCAAACUGCACGUGCCCCGACGCCGCGCCGAGAACAGUUCCGUGUCAUUUACGAAUGGAACGCUAUCGACUUCCAAUGGGCCUCCCCGGAAGAACGCGAGGCUUACCUAAAUACGAGCCGAUACAUACCCCGCAACGUUCUAAUCUCUGGAAUAAACUUCUACGGAGAAAACCUAUUUCUGACCCUGCCGAGGAUGCUAGAGGGCGUGCCGGCGACGCUCGCCACGAUCCCAGUGCGGCAAGUCGACACGGCGCCCAAGCUUAGUCCCUUCCCAAGCUGGAGCGCAAACACGCUGGGGGAUUGCGCCGCCUUGCAGUUCGUGCAAAAUGUUGAAAUUGACCGCAACGGAAUCAUGUGGAUCUUGGACAACGGACGUAUCGGCACGCUCACUCAAAACCCCGAUACGAAGUGCCCACCCUCGAUCGUAAUGAUAGAUCUGAAAACAGGCAAAAACGAAAUGGAGCGCAUACCUCUACCCACGGAGACGGUGAACGCAUCGACGUCGUAUCUCAACGAUCUUGUCGUGGACAAUCGCGACGGUGACUACGCUUAUAUUACUGACAACAGUGCCGUUGACCCAGGUAUCAUAGUUUUUCGUCGAAGCGACAAAAAGUCGUGGAAGAUCAGAGACAGUAAGUCUAUGUUGUCGGUCAGCGACGCUGCCGUCUUCCGCAUCAACGGUACAACCAUCAACCUGCCCGUCAACAUCGAUGGCAUCGCCCUCGGUCCGCAAUUUCUUACCGAAGAAGGCUACGUCGACAGGACCGUAUAUUUCACGCCUUUAUCGAGUUUUCACUUGUAUGCCGUUAACGCUUCAAUUUUACGAAACGAAUCCCUCUCGUCGACCGGUGACGGAGCGAUACGUCAAUAUAUCAAGGAUCUCGGCACCAAGCCGUCGCAAACGGACGGCAUGAAGAUGGACUCGACGGGUACGUUGUUUUUCGGUUUAAUCGGCAACUCGACUAUUGCGGAAUGGAACACCACGACGGACUUCCGAGUCGGUCAGCGUACUAUCGCCAGAGACCCGAACUACAUCCAGUGGGUCGACCGGUUCACUUUUGACGACAGUGGCAACAUUUACGUUGUAAUCAACAGGCUGUACAAUUUCAUUAAAAAUCAAGUUUCUCUGGACGAGGUGAACUAUAGAAUCUUGAAGUCGCACACGGGGACCAAGAGUUACAUAUUCAGUCCCGACGUGACUCCGGUAGCACCGAGUCCGCACGGGGCGGCGACCGCGCCCGCUGUUUGCGCAUCGCUGUUGCUGUUGGCCUUCGCGCACCUGUUCGCCUAGUCCCCGCAACACCUCUAGGUCGUAGAUCUGCACCGGACGCAGCUACGACUCGAACGAUUUCUUUACUUGCGCCUGAACUGAUAAUUAAUGUUACCAAAUAUUUAAAGUUACCUUGACCCGAGGUCUUUCCAGUGAAAACGCGCAAUGUAGGUAGCUUUUUAUGUUUUUAGUUUUACUUUUAAGUGUUAUUUAUACGAUGUGGAAUGAUAGAGCGAUCUCUGUGAGUACUCGAAGGCGUGCCGAAGAAGCGUCGUCACGAACACCGUGUGCUGGAGCAAAGGUCGAGGACGAGUUGUCAAAUACCACAAGCAGCUAUAUCGUGUUAACAUACCAAUCAUAUAUUUAAGUUAAACAUCGAAAAAUAUUUAUUGUGAAAAUUUUGUGAUCAAAAAACUAAUGCUAGGAUCUCUCCAGUGUUUCCUUUGAUAUUGUUAAAUGAGCCAAAUACUAAUUUUUAUUAUGUAAGAAUAAUAUUUAACGAUAGGUAUACAUUAUAAAUGUAUAAUAUAUGGUAAAUAAUGGAAAAUAAACUAGAUAUAUUGAUAUGUACGCCUGUUGGAUGAACGUGACUGAACUGAAUCGAAAUAAACGUGUGUAUCACAUUAA